AAGCAACAAUAUUUCGGCAAAAAACUUAUUCCCGCCAACAAAUUUUCAUGCUUUUCUGGUCUGAUUUCAAAUCUCUAUCGUCUUCCUCUCUGGCUUCUCUGUCUCUUUUUUGAGGUUUUUGAUUCAGGAACCCUAAUUUGACGGUAGCAGUUUUGUGUAGAGAUUUUAUUUAGUUCUUCAAUCUUGCAGAAACUCGUCUCUAAAGGAUUAUAUUGCGAGAAUAAUGAUAAAGUCAGCUUUUACCGUCUUCAGAAUUUGCAGGAUCUCUAGACUUCCAUGAGAAUUGCUAAGAAGCGAACGUCAAAGGUAGUUGAAACUACCACAAAGCUUAGAGUGGGUGCAGGUCAGACUCAAGUUGGUAAAUCUACUAACAGAACUAGGGGGCGCUGUCUCAAACCAGCAGGGAAAAGUGAAGAACUUUUGGUUGAAAAAGCCAAGCAUUCUUCACCUUCUGUUACAGCUGAAGCAUUGUGUCCACUUCUUUUAGACAAAAGUAAAUCUUCAGCAGAAAAAACACAGGUAUUGCCUAGGCCAGAGCAAGAUCCAGAACCAACUCCAAAAACUUCUGCAAAGAUCAAGUUGCAGCUUUUCCCAUUGGAUGAAGUCACUCGCAUGGGAUUGGAAAAGGAUGGAUAUAAUCCAUACUUGGAACUGACUCUAAGCUCACGGAAGAAGAUGUCUUCUGUGCUUAAGCACCUGAAUUGCAAGUGGGGUGGUUCAAGCAUUGCUAUUGGGGAGCCCAUUCUUUUCCCAAACACUUUAACUGAAGAUUUAGCCAGUUGUAGAUGGACAUUGAAUGAUAGCAAUCUCACUGCAAGAGAUGUCCAUGUGGCUAUUGGAAGCCCUUCUAUCUUCCGCUUAAGGUAUGGCUGGCUCUCAGAUUGUAAAGAUAUAUCAUCCAGCGUGCCUUCAACAUCAACUCCCCUCAAGGCUUCUUUGCAAUCUAAAGGCAUGCAGAAGGUUUGCGAUGUUAAUAAACAAAUUGAGUGCAAUGAAGGGAAGAUGCCUGUCUGCACAGGAAACUCAUAUCCAUGGGAUGAUAGUCUAACAAAUAUAAGUAUUGGAGGCCUGCUAUCUGAAGCAUCCUUGCAGGGCAAGUUCAAUAAUUGUGAUCCAAAAUCAGCUGGUAUUAGUGCAGCCUUGCAGCCAUCUCAGUUAAUCUCUGAUUCACUUGAUGCUUUUAUCAUGUCCCAAGUAAAUCAUUCCCAAGCUACAAGGCUGCCUUCUCAUGUUUCAAGUUCGUCCAUUUUGGAUGCUGAAGACACUUGCCAUGCAUUUCCUUUUCAAAAAGUCUCUUCCUUGUGCAAAGAUGCUCUUGCUGUCGGUGGAAGUGCUUAUUCUCGUACCUGCAGCCAGGAUACUGUCUCCAAGUCAACUAAAUAUCCAGAUACCAGUGAGGUCAACUUCCAAUCUGGCAUUCCGCAAGGCCAUGGCUGUCAAGAAUCUGAAACAGAUUUGUCACUUUGUUCUCGAAUUUACAAUGAUGAAAGCAGCCUUGGGCUGUCAGGAAUCAAAUGGACGGAUUCUUUGGGACCAUUUGAUCUUGGCCUAUCUUCUUCUAGAAAGAUUAUUAGUGGUGACAGUUUAAGCUUCAGCAAAAUCAUUAGUUAGCAGACUGUUUCCAUUGCAACUCUUCUGGAGAUUGAAUAUUGAAGUUGGGACAUACAGGAGAUGGAAAGUGAAAUGAAUAAGCUAACACCUGAUGUCCUGGUAGAUGCAACAGGGAGUGUCAAUUUUCGAACUGUUUUAUAUGUUCAAAUUUAUUUAGUAGUAAUUCUGCAUGCAAUCGGAAGAAUUGCAAACGGCAGGAUACCUUUGCUUAAUACACAGGACCUAAUUUUGAGGGCCGAAAGGGAGAAAAUUGCGUUUCCCGUUGAUAUUGAUUAUAGUCAUAUGCUUAUGUUGCUUUAUGUAGAGGUAUUGCCUUAGUGCGAUGAAACUGGCAGCUCUGGAUGCUCUUAUUUCUAACAUGUAUAUUUGAAGUUCUGAACUUGAACUUCACUUGCUAAUGCAACAUAUAUUAUUUACUUA